GAUGCUCGUCGCUAUGGAGUUGCCGCAGCAGCACCUUUGGGGGCUCGGACGAGCGACCGGAGGCGGAAUCUGAGCGAGCGCCCAGGCCAGCGGAGCCGGAGCCGCCGGGACAUGGAUCUGAUCUCUCCUGAGCAUCUCACCACAUCUCCAUUCUUGGGACGUUGAAUCCAGCAGUUGGACUACUUUGUUCUUGGAAUUUUGGGUGUCUUCUCUUUCAACCUUUUCCAUUUCCCUUCAUCCCUUCCCCCUCCCAAGAACUCCUGAAGACUGUGGGAUUACCAUGGAGUCCAGGGAAAUUUUAAGCAGCUCCAGGCAAAGAGGGAGCGAGUCAGAAUUCCUUCCAGGCUCCUCAUCCAAGUCCCCAGCCGCCCCUGGCUGUUCAGGAGAGCCCUUGAAAGGCAUCUCCGUGGGUGGAGAACGCAUGGAACCAGAAGAGGAGGAUGAAUUGGGCUCAGGACGAGAUGUGGAUUGCAACUCUAAUGCAGACAGUGAGAAAUGGGUGGCUGGAGAUGGCUUGGAAGAACAGGAGUUCUCCAUCAAAGAGGCCAACUUCACCGAGGGGAGUUUGAAGCUGAAGAUUCAGACCACAAAGCGGGCUAAGAAACCCCCCAAAAACCUGGAGAACUAUAUAUGCCCCCCUGAGAUCAAGAUCACCAUAAAGCAGUCUGGGGACCAGAAGGUGUCCCGUGCUGGGAAAAAUAGCAAAGCUACAAAAGAAGAAGAAAGAAACCACUCCAAAAAGAAGCUCCUCACAGCCAGUGACCUUGCAGCCAGUGACCUCAAAGGAUUUCAGACACAGGCUUACGAGAGGCCCCAGAAACACUCAACACUUCAUUAUGACUCAGGCCUCUCACAGGGCUUCACCAGUGACACCUUAAAACCAAAGCACCAGCAAAAAAGCAGCAGCCAGAACCACAUGGACUGGUCCACCAACUCUGACAGUGGGCCCACCACUCAGAAUUGCUUCAUCAGUCCAGAGUCUGGCAGAGACAUUGCAAGCACCAGCAAGAUCCCAGCUCUUGAACCCGUGGCUUCCUUUGCAAAGGCCCAGAGCAAGAAAGGCAAUACAGGGAGUCCCUGGAGUCAGUUGUCCAGCAGCAGCAAAGAUCUUCUCUUGGGAAAUGUGGUACCCUCCCCCAGCAACCACAGCUCCCCAGCGCCCACUAGCAACUCAGCUGAGGGCAACGGACUCCAGCCAUUGGGAGAUCAAGAUGGAGGAGGUACCAAGGAGCUCCCAGAACCACCCACUGUAGGCAGCAAGAAGAAGUCCAGUAAAAAAGAUGUGAUCAGUCAGACCAUACCAAACUCAGAUUUGGAUUGGGUCAAAAGUGCCCAGAAAGCAUUUGAAAACACAGAAGGGAAAAGAGAGGGUUACUCUGCAGAUAAUGCUCAAGAGGCUUCACCAAGCAGGCAGAGUACCAGUUCCGUCAGUAAUCCUGAAAAUGAUUCCAGUCAUGUCCGGAUUACUAUCCCCAUAAAGACACCUUCUCUGGAUCCAACCAACCAUAAGAGGAAAAAGAGGCAGUCCAUUAAAGCCGUGGUGGAAAAAAUCAUCCCAGAGAAAGCACUAGCUUCGGGAAUCGCUAUGAGCAGUGAAGUAGUUAGCAGGAUACUUUCCAACUCAGAGGGAAACAAGAAAGAGCCUCGAGUCCCAAAGUUGGGAAAGAUGAUAGAGAAUGAGCCCCCCUCAGUUGGCCUUGAAACAUGUGGGAAUACUGAGAAAACUGUCCCUGGAGGUGUGUCUAAGCAGAGGAAAACACCCGUGGUCAUGACAUCACCAACACGCACAGAGCACUCUCCAUCAGGAAAGCUGCCUGAAAUCCAGCACCCCAAAUUUGCUGCAAAAAGGAGGUGUAGCAAAGCAAAACCUCCGGCUAUGCUUCGAGAGGCAGUCUUAGCUACGGCUGAGAAACUGUUGGUGGAGCCGCCAUCUGCUUACCCCAUUACCCCAUCCAGCCCUCUGUACACCAACACGGACAGUCUUACUGUGAUCACACCGGUCAAGAAGAAGCGGGGACGACCAAAGAAGCAGCCUUUGCUCACAGUGGAGACAAUUCACGAAGGUACCUCCACUAGCCCAGUUAGUCCCAUCUGCAGAGAGUUCCCUGGCACCAAGAAACGAAAGAGGCGGCGCAAUCUGGCUAAGCUGGCCCAGUUGGUGCCAGGAGAGGACAAACCUAUGAGUGAGAUGAAGUUUCAUAAAAAGGUUGGAAAGCUUGGUGUGUUGGAUAAGAAGACCAUCAAAACGAUCAAUAAGAUGAAGACCCUCAAGAGAAAAAAUAUUUUAAAUCAGAUCUUGUCCUGUUCCAGCAGCGUGGCCCUCAAGGCCAAAGCUCCCCCGGAGACCAGUCCUGGGGCAGCAUCAUCCAUUGAAAGCAAACUGGGCAAGCAGAUUAACGUCAGCAAGAGAGGAACCAUCUAUAUUGGCAAGAAGAGGGGCAGGAAGCCAAGAACAGAGUUGCCACCCCCAUCCGAAGAACCCAAAACAGCCAUCAAGCACCCCAGGCCUGUUUCUAGCCAGCCGGAUGUUCCAGCCGUGCCUUCCAACUUUCAGUCACUUGUGGCUUCUUCACCAGCAGCUAUGCCCCCCCUUUCGACACAGUUAGGUGGGUCCAAUGGCAACCUGAGCCCCGCCAGCACUGAAACCAAUUUUUCUGAAUUGAAAACUAUGCCAAACCUCCAGCCCAUCAGUGCUCUUCCAACCAAAACCCAGAAGGGAAUCCACAGCGGGACCUGGAAGCUGUCUCCACCCAGGCUGAUGGCCAACUCUCCUUCACACCUUUGCGAGAUCAGCUCGCUGAAGGAGAUAACGUUGUCCCCCGUGAGCGAGUCCCACAGUGAGGAGACCAUCCCGAGCGACAGUGGCAUCGGGACAGACAACAACAGCACCUCGGACCAAGCAGAGAAGAGUUCCGAAUCCCGACGGAGGUACUCUUUCGACUUCUGUGCCCUGGACAACCCGGAGGCCAUCCCCUCUGACACCAGCACAAAGAACAGGCAUGGCCACCGGCAGAAGCAUCUCAUUGUGGACACGUUUCUGGCCCACGAAAGCCUCAAGAGGCCAAAGCACAAGAGGAAAAGGAAGAGCCUGCAGAACCGCGACGAUCUCCAGUUUCUGGCCGAGCUGGAAGAGCUCAUCACCAAAUUUCAAGUGUUCAGGAUCUCCCACCGGGGCUACACUUUUUACCAUGAGAACCCAUACCCCAGCAUCUUUAGGAUCAACUUUGAUCACUAUUACCCGGUGCCAUAUAUCCAGUAUGACCCAUUGCUCUAUCUUCGUAGGACUUCAGAUUUGAAGUCAAAGAAGAAGCGUGGUAGGCCUGCAAAAACCAAUGACACCAUGACAAAGGUGCCUUUUUUACAGGGGUUCAGCUACCCUAUUCCCAGUGGAAGUUACUAUGCACCCUAUGGAAUGCCUUACACAUCAAUGCCUAUGAUGAACCUUGGUUACUACGGUCAGUAUCCCGCUCCUCUGUACCUAUCGCACACACUUGGAGCAGCGUCCCCAUUCAUGAGGCCCACAGUGCCACCACCUCAGUUCCACACAAGUUCCCAUGUCAAGAUGUCUGGGGCAACUAAACAUAAAGCCAAGCAUGGAGUACACUUGCAGGGGACUGUAGGCAUGGGCCUCGGUGACAUACAGCCAUCCCUGAACCCUCCCAAGGUGGGCGGGGCCACGCUGUCCAGCAGUAGGCUCCACAAGAGGAAACACAAACACAAGCAUAAGCACAAGGAAGACCGAAUCCUAGGGACCCACGACAAUCUGAGUGGUCUCUUCGCAGGCAAAGCAACAGGCUUCUCCAGCCACCUCCUGAGCGAGCGGCUGAGCAGUGCAGACAAAGAGCUCCCGUUGGUGAGUGAGAAGACCAAGCAUAAGGAGAGACAGAAGCACCAGCAUGGUGACACCGGCCACAAGGUUUCCAAGAACAACUUUGAGGUGGACACCCUGUCAACAUUGUCACUUUCUGAUGCCCAGCACUGGACACAGGCUAAGGACAAAGGGGACUUGAGCAGCGAGCCUGUGGACUCGUGUGCUAAACGGUACUCCGGUGGGGACAGCGGCAGCAGCACAAGAUCCGAGAGUCUGGAUGUGUUCAGUGAAAUGAAUCCUUCCGGUGACAAGUGGGACAGUGACGUCAGUGGGGGUAAGAGGCGGAGCUUUGAAGGCUUUGGGACAUACAGGGAAAAGGACAUACAAGCCUUCAAGAUGAACCGCAAGGAGAGAAGUUCUUACGAGUCCUCCAUGUCUCCAGGGAUGCCAAGUCCCCACUUAAGAGUGGACCAGACGGCAGCACACAGCAAGAGCGAGGGCUCAGUGUCCACCAUGAUGGCCAGGAAGAAGCCGACCGCAGUGGACAGUGUUGCAAUUCCUUCAGGUCCGGUAUUAUCUCUCCUUGCUGCAUCUGCAGCGACGUCAGAUGCAGCCAGUUCCUCCCUGAAGAAGCGAUUCAAGAGGCGGGAGAUCGAAGCCAUCCAGUGCGAGGUGCGGAAGAUGUGCCACUACACCAAGCUUCUGUCCACCAAGAAGAAUCUGGACCACGUGAACAAGAUCCUGAAGGCCAAGCGGCUGCAGAGACAAUCAAAGACUGGCAACAACUUUGUCAAGAAGAGGCGAGGCCGGCCGCGGAAGCAGCCCACCCAGUUCGAUGAGGACUCCAGGGACCAAAUGCCGGUGCUGGAAAAGUGCAUCGACCUACCCAGCAAGAGAGGCCAGAAGCCUAGCCUGAGCCCGCUUGCCCUGGAGCCUGCCGCCGGCCAGGACGCGGUGAUGGCCACCAUCGAGGCUGUUAUCCACAUGGCGAGGGAGGCCCCGCCGCUGCCCCCGCCGCCGCCCCCACCUCUGCCGCCGCCACCACCUCCACCCCCACCACCCCCACCGCUGCCCAAGACCGCUCGGGGCGGGAAGAGGAAACACAGACCGCCGCCCCCAGCGCAGCCGGCGCAGCCCCUGCCACAGCCCCUUCCCCAGGAAGAGGAGGUAAAGGCCAAGAGGCCAAGGAAGUCGCGAGCCAGCGAGAGCGAUGUCCUUCCCUAGGGCUGGCCUGGGCUGCGGGAUCCUGGCAGGGACUGAUGCAGGGGAGCUCAGCAGCCAGGGCGGGGCCGAUGCCCCAUCACAGGGACACCCCGCCCCCCUCUUCAGUGGGCAGGCAGAAUGGGCAGAGGGCGGGGUGGAGCCAUGAGAGCUCUUGGGGUAGCAGAGAGAGGGGACACCUCCCCCCCCCCCAAAAAAAAGCAGCUGUCUGUGCUGCACAACAUUUCCCAACCCAGAGCCACUCGGUGUGGCCGGAUCCUCGCAGGCUGCAGAAAAGGGAGGAGGAGCGCAAAGCUGGUGCUCUCUGAUGGCCACCUGACCCCCGGCCCCCACCUCAUCCCAGGUGCGCCCUUGAUUCCGAUUUCGUUCGCUGGUCAGAAAAAUCAAGUGGGAAACACCCUCCAUUAGCAAACGUUCCAAGGGGGAGCAAAGCUGCAAAUUUACCAGCUGGCUUGUAAGCCACUCCCACGUAAUUGGUUUUUAUUUCUUUUGGUUCACAAACUCAGCUAGGCUUUGGGGCACCAACAUCUUCUUCCAGUGACCUGAGAGAUGAAUCUUUCCGUUAACAACACAGUUGCUCAGAUGGAAUCUUGUGAUCAGAAGGUGGAAUUGGACUGAUAGACGACCUUAGAUCUGCGCGUGUUCCUGUCUCGUACACUGAUUUUGUAUUGUCUGUUCCUGCUUUUCCUUUGCGAUGUGUUUUCAUGUACUCCCGUUAACUAGCUGCCUUCUAUUUCGUGGUAAACAUCUAAACAAGGUGAACUUUACCCGUGUUGUAAAGUGCACUCCUGGCACCCUGCCUCAAGGAACCAACUUUGAAUCCCAAUCAUUGUGAAACAUACUCAGUAUUGAUAGAAGUUUUUUAAUGAGUGACUCAGAGCAGCCAAGGGAGAUGUUGACCCAAGCGUCAGCCAGGUUAUUUUUAUACUUAAAACAUAUCAGUGGAGAAUAGGCAGGAUAAAAUGGUUUUAAUACCCCACAGCAAGUGGAAUAACUGAUACGUCACCAAAUAUCAAAAUCCCAUGCCCACCAGAAAGAAAACCGUCUAGCAAUGCCUUGGUACCUGAUUAUUUUCAUGCAAAGAGAUGUCAUAGGUUGUUGAAAAAGAAAGAAAGAAAGGAAGAAAGGAAGAAAGAAAGAAAGAGGUCCAUUAUCUCUUAAUAAUUAUUUCUUAAAAGCAAAGGGGAGUAAGUGUUCUUACCUAAGAAAAAUAAAAAUUAAUAUAUUGAAAGGGUGUCACCACUCCAAUUGUAUCAAGCCACCUUGGACAAAGUAUCCAAAUUGUGGUUGCCUUAAUACACUAAAACAUUGCUGUACAUAAUGUAAUUAUAAAUCUAUCAGUCUGCAUGGAUGCAAACUGUGUGUGACAAAUCGUCUUUUAAAUGGUCAAUUUCAAUUGUACAUUUCUCAUCCAAGUUGUGCUCUAGCCACUGGUUUAGUGUGGACAGAUAUUCCGUCUAUCAUCCAUUUCCAAAGCCCGAGUAAAACACGUGAAGACUCAGAAUGGAUGCCAUCUUAUCCCACUGCCCUAGAUGUUUUUAAAAGUCAGAUGUGGAAAUUUCAAAUAAGUACUUUUCAAUUUCCUCCUUUACUCCUCACCCUAACUUCUUCAAGACAGCCAAUACCUGGCAUCAUAGCUUGUACAAAAAGAAACAGAGAAUUUCGUUCUCUAAGGAGAAUUAGGAUAUCCAGUUUGCCUUCAAAUAAGUUUCUUUACAGUAAGUUGGGACCAGCUAAGAAACUACAUUAGCACUUCAGAACACAGUUUCUCCUCCGCAGAGAGAUGGAUUUUUUUUGGGGGGGGGGCAUAAGUGAACAAGUGGGUAAUACUGAAGGAAAUUUGAAAAUCCCAAGUUAAUAUGCUUGUAAAUAUCACUACUGUGUCAUGACACCAACCAUUGCUUGGAAUUACAGAGCCAUCCUAUUCUGUACUGUCGAAAUGGACUUCAUGUUAUCUGCAGCCUGCUCAGUCAGUCUCAUUCAAUCCUAGCAAUAUGUAAGUUUAAAGGACUCCGCUUAUUUCCAGCUUUUAUCCUAAAUACUCAGUUUGUGACCUGGGUGGACCUAUGGCAUUUCACAUAAUUUGAACAGCAGAAUCUGAACAGCCAUUUUCAACCUGUCACUCCCGAGCCAUGUCUGAGCAGCUCCAAAGUCACGGGGGAAGGUGUAGAUCAGUCCCUUUCCCCCAACCAUUCCUCCGAGAGACCAGCCAUUCCCAUUCCAAUUAAGCCAUAAAGAAGGUUCUCUUCCUGUUGGACUAAGGAAACCAUUUUUUUCUUUCUUCAUUCAUUCUUGCUGUGAUGUUGUUCCCCGAACAAGUCUCUGAGCAAUCUAAACCUUCUUACAGAGGAGAGAGAGCUCAGAGAACACCCAGCAUUUAAUUGGCAUUAACCUGCCAUUGGUGAUUUAGUGCAAAAGAAGUUUGGGUUAGAAAUUCCAAACCAAUAAAAAGAUUCCAGGAGAUAUUCAGUGGACCUGCAACUUAACACAUGAAUUGAUCCUGGAGUUAAAUGUGAGUGAAAUGUAAAUCCCUGCUUGCACACUCUGAAAACUGUUUGGAAAACUAGAGGACCAAAGAGAGCCAUGGUAAACAGCAGGUGGAGGGUGGCAGUGAGCCCAUACAUCUACACAGUGGCUCCCCAUACCCGGUGUCUCCCUCAUUGUCACAUACUUUUUUCUCUCGUCUUUCAUGAACCUAACUCAUCUCAUUGCUACGACUAUUUGUGUAUUCCCUGACUCCCCCCUUACCCUCUCCUUUGCUGCCCAGGCCCCUCCAUGAAGCCAAUUGAAUUUCCACAUCUAGUUGGUUUUAGAGCCAAGAAGAGAACCCAGCUCUUGAUUUAAAGUAUGGAGGUUCUUAACCACACAGCACUGCCUUCUGGGGAUGCAUUUCUACCUUGAGAGGUGUCAUUUGGGAUCCUCAAGACUCCAUUUACAGAUCCAUAAAAUAUCUUGUAAUGAUCCCUUGCUUUUAAUUUCUCUUUUUCUUCUUCUUUUCUUUUUAGAAUACUCCUUCAGCAAGUAGGUAGGAAACCACUUACACUCUAAGGAGACCAAUUAGAGAUGAGAAGGUGAAACCUAGAUGCAAAAGCUCCUUGGGGGCGCUGAUCGGUCUUUAAUCCACCUUUCCAAGGGACUAGAAAGCCAUUUGCUUUUCGACCCCUCGUCUCAAAUGAGAGGAACAGAAGCUUAACUCUCUCCAAUAGCCCAGCUGUGGCUACCAGCCAAGGAAGAAAGGUCAGAAAAGGGGAAAACAUGGGAGGGUUGCUCUGUGACUCAGCAGGACCAGGACUCAGCAGUCACUGGCAGCCUAGUGAAGGUGACUAAGGGCUGACAGUAGAUUAGUGUUUUAACUUGACUGCUGUCUGCAGUGGGAGGCCAUGUUCAAUGGCAGUCAGAACUUGUGUUCUGCACAUUGCUGUAUCUAUAAAUAUGAUAAGCAAGUGGUGACAGAAUUAUAGUAUAAGGUGAUAUAUUAUAAGCAGAUCAUAAAGGAUUUGGUAUUAGGACUUAAGUAGAAAAUCUUACUCCUGGCUUGUUACUCAACAAUAAUCAGAUAAUGAGCUUGUGGAGUGUAUUUUUCCCUAUCACUAGGAAGGUUGACCUGGGAACUGUCUAAAGUCUACACGGAUAUUUCCAAAGCCUUUAAAUGCCAACUGUAGCAUAGUGAGGGAGUGGCAGGAGCCAAAAUGCCUCAAAAGCCAUUUAAGUGUUAUGUCGCAGGAUUUUCAGUCCUACUCAUUAUGUAAAAGUACAUAAAUAUAGAUAUUUUUCUCAACACUACCCUAUCGUAUCACAAUGGUCCAAAUGCCAGCGCUUACAGAUAAUGUCAUCACAGUGCCUAGAAACUCAAACUGUAACAUACCGUAGCAUCUUCUUGGUGUUUCUUCACGUUUCUUUCCACACAGCAAGGCUCCCUCUGCCUCGUGUUUCUAAGAGAGUUCACCCCACUAAGGAGCCUGUCUUCCCUGUUGGACUCAGUCACUUGGGGAACAGUCACAGAAGCACAUAUCAACCAAGGAAGAGACUUCCUGGAUAUCUGUCUCCCACUUGCCCAGGUAGAAUAAACACUAAAGAGGGAGAAAUCGGAGAGCUGCCAACUGGUCAACUUGGAAGGGUAGUUCUGCCCUGGAUUGGUAUCUUUCUUUUUCUUCCUUUUUUUUUUUAAAAAAAAAAUCUAUUUCUUAAAUAAUAAUAAAUGCACAUGAUGUGUUAAAUAUGUACAUAUAUAUUUCAAAAAAAUGGGCACAAGAUUGUCUUACAAGUCCUUCUGGCUAAUUUUUAGUUUGUAUUCAUAAGUGGUUUUUAAAAGCCUUUUUUAAAGUGUAAUUUGCAUGUCCUACUUUGAUUGUAUGUAAACAUAUUUUAGAACAAAAAAAUGUAUUUGUAUUUUAUUGAAUAUAGAGGCAAGAGAAAUUGUACAUUGUUUGAAAUGUUCUUUUUGUAACAGUUUUUAUUCAUAAAGCAUUUUUGUACAUUUCAAUGAACAUGGACUUGCUGUCAUUUGAGGCGUAGCGACAUCUGGCAUGCUUUACUGGCAUGCUCUCCCAUGGUCUUAGAUGUUGGGUUUUAAACAUUUUUUUUUUUCUAAAAGAAAGCUCGCUCGGUGUCUUCGCUACCAGAUCAGGUUAGCACAGUACAGAGCACUUAACUAUUAAAAAAAAAAAAAAGUUGGUCCUAUUCAUAUGUUAUUCAUUGUGUGAAAUUAAAGACAUUCAAUUCUGUCUAA